CUUUUGAGCAUUGAAAGCUCUCUAUUAGGCUCACAGCUAGCCAAGCUUCAAUUGUGACACUCAACAUGGCACAACUCAACCUCACAUUGCUACUCAUUUUCCUCUCACUCCUCUUUUCAUUUCUUGCCCCCCCAGUUGAGCCAUCAUCAUUGACAAGGCAUAAAAAUUCUCAAACAAUAACCUACAUAGAGUCCUCUUGCAAUAGCACCCUCUACCCAAAUCUUUGCAUCCGUUGCCUUUCCAGAUAUGCCAAAUCCACCAUAAAUGGACCACAACACUUAGCCCAAUAUGCCUUGUCAGUGAGCCUCUCUAGAGCAGUGAACACAAGAGGGUACCUUUUGAAAGUGGCCAAGGAACUUAAGGUCCUCAAGAACAACAAAAGGGAGUACCUAAUUGUGCAAGAUUGUGUGAACCAAAUCACUGAUAGUGUGGAACAACUUAGCCAAGCCAUCAAAGAACUUCGAAGGUUGAACCAACGUGGAUCUACCAUCAAUGAUGACAUGUUGUGGCACAUAAGCAAUGUUGAGACAUGGGUGAGCACUGCCUUAACAGAUGCUAGUAGUUGUGUGUACUCAUUCCCUGGUCAUAGGAUGAGUAAGAGGGCAGCUGCUAUUAAGGUUAAGGCCAUGAAUGUGGCAGAGGUUACUAGUAAUGCACUUGCCUUGUUUCAUAGAUAUGCAUCUAAGUAUCGGCAAGCAGAAGCUAGAACCAUCAAGAAGCCCUAAGCUAUCUAUGUAUUACCACCCACUGUUUGUUCAUGUGCAUGAUACAUAUAUGCAUGUUUUUUCUUUGGGUGGCUUAUGAUUGCCAUUAAUUUGAUGUAUCUAUUUCUAUAAAUUUAAUUUCACAAUUAUUUGUGUUCAUAGAAAAUUGUGCUGGUUGUAUUUUAUCAUUAAUUAUCAUAGGCAUGUUUAA